AAGUCCCCCACCUCACCCAAGAAGAUGAUGCGACAGAAACGAGACCAGCGUAAAAAGAACCUCAUACGACAGGCCUACGAAUAUAGCAAGCUGUGUGAUGCUGACGUCUGCCUGGGUAUUCGUAUUCGAGAGUCUAGCCAAGUCACUACCUUUCUAUCCGAUUCGACAGGAUUCUGGUCGGGCCUUUCCUCGCAACUAGAAACAUACUAUCCACGACCGAUACAAAUAACAGCCAAGGGUUUUGACUUCAAUCCUGCUACUGAUGAGGACGACUCGACGGCAGCCCACAAGCUCAAGGCCGCGAAAACAAUAUGA